GAGAUAAACAAGGACACACCGCGAAAACUUCGUGCCCUAUCACAGGUCAACACGUGUCGCUAUUGGGCUUCAUGGAUCAGAGCCCACUAAAGGACCCGACCCGUAUUUCUUUAUCGGACAUUAGCUUCUAGGGUUUCUGUUUCUUCCUUCCGUCGCUGAUUUUUGUUCUGGAAAUUCGAAUCUUCGAUUUGCUUGAGCGCCAAGGAUCAUGGUGGGGUUCAAAAACAGAUACAUGGUGAUGGAAGUUUUUCUCAACCCUAAUAGAGACAAAGUGGGCGAUGAUUCUGUUAUAAUUACACAAUUUAAUGUCUCCAAAGCUGUGAAAGAGAGCCUUUUGGAGAAUUUUGGAGAGUGUGGUUUGGCUUCAUCGUUGGGAUCGUUCCAAGUUAAGUAUGUGAAUUCAAUUACCAAUGUGUGUAUAAUUCGGGUAUCAAGGGAGGAGUAUCAGAAAGUAUGGUCUGCCAUUACGAUGGUCACAAACAUUGCAAACUGCCCCGUCGUGUUUAAUUUGCUGGAUUUGUCUGGAAGUAUAAGGGCUUGUAAAAAUGCUGCCUUGAAGUGUGAGGAAUCAAAAUUUGAGCAGUACAAACUCAUGGUCGGUGAUCGUUUCUCUUCUGCUGAUUCUGAUCGCAUGAAUUCCUAUCUCGACAGGAUCAAAGUUUUGGAACAUUAAAUAUUUGGCCUUCAAGUAGUUUCUCAUUGAACCUUACAAUUCUAGGUUAAAUUUUAAUCUCUCUAACAUAGGGUAUUUGUUCUCUGUGUGAUUCAGUGCAUUUCUGAGUUUACCGGUGAUCGUAACUAGUGUAUGGUAUAGAGUUACAAGUUUCUUCCGGGAGAGAAGAGACUUGUGAAAAUAUGUAAAUUUGCGCCAUUGUAAAAUACUAGAUUAUUUCUAGCUGCUAUACAUAAUUGCAGAGGGAACUUUUUCUUUUACAGCCUACUGCUAGUUUCUUCCA